UUCUCUAUCAGCGGAUUUGAUUUCUCUAAGGUUUUUUUCUUCUACACUGAGCGAUUGAUUUCUCCUUCCAUCGCCGCCUACCUUCUCCUUUUGCAUCUGUAAUCCGUUGACAGUCCCAACACAGAUAUGAUCCUUGGUUAAUGGCGAGUCCCGAAUCCACCCCUCACUCAACUCCUCUAAGAACCCAAGCUGGAGAUGAAUGGCAAAAGCUUCUUCUAUUCGCCAAUUCGUCACAUCCAACAACAGAUCUAACACCAACUCCCCCUCCCCCGUUCUCGGCCUUCUCAAAAGCUUCAAACUCCUCGACGAAUCGAGCUCCGUCGAGCACCUCUUCCAAGUCCACGCCAGGCUCGUCACCUCCGGAAACUUCUGGGAUUCCUCUUGGGCCAUCCGAUUGCUGAAGUCUUCCUCGCGUUUCCGAGACGCUACCAGCUACACCGUUUCGGUAUUCCGAAGCAUCGGAAAGCUCUGCAACGCGAAUGCUGUGUUCAAGGCGUACUGGGUCUCUUCUGCUCCUCAUAAAGCGUUGAGCUUUUACUUCGAUGUGGUCAGAUGCGGGUUUGUUCCUGACUCCUACACCUUCGUCUCCUUGUUGGGUUGUAUCGGGAAGAUUGAUUCCGGUAGAAUGUGUCACGGGCAGUCGAUUAAGCGUGGGUGCGAUCGAGUUUUGGCUGUUCAGAACUCGUUGAUGAAUAUGUAUGCUUGUUGUGGUGCGUUGGAUCUUGCGAAGAAGGUGUUUGUUGAAAUGCCCAAGAGAGAUGUUGUGUCGUGGAACUCGUUGAUUGCUGGGGAGGUGAGAGGGGGUGAUGUUUGCUCUGCUCGCAAGCUGUUCGACGAAAUGCCUGAGAGAAAUAUGGUUUCUUGGAAUAUCAUGAUCGGUGCUUAUCUGGGUGCUAACAACCCCGGAGUUUCGAUUAGUUUGUUCCGUGAGAUGGUCGGAUCAGGGUUUCGAGGGAGUGAGGGUACGUUGGUUUUGUUACUGAAAGCUUGUGGUAGGUCAGCUAGGCUUAAGGAAGGUAGGUCGGUUCAUGCUUCUUUGAUAAGAAGCUUGGUGAAUUCGAACGUGGUUGUUGAUACAGCUCUUGUUGACAUGUAUGGAAAGUGCAAGGAAGUAGAGUUAGCACGUAGGAUAUUCGACGGUGUAUCCCGUAGGAACAGAGUUACGUGGAAUGUGAUGAUAUUGGCACAUUGUCUUCACGGGAAUCCUGAAGAUGGGUUUGAAUUAUUUGAAGCCAUGAUCAAUGGUGAGCUCAUUCCCGACGAAGUAACUUUUGUUGGUGUUCUCUGCGGUUGUGCUAGAUCCGGGCUUCUUUCACAAGGAAAAAGUUACUAUGCUCUGAUGGUUGAAGAGUUCCACAUCAAACCCAACUUUGGACACCUAUGGUGCAUGGCUAAUCUUUACUCCAGCGCCGGGUUCCCUGAAGAAGCAGAGGAAAUUCUAAAGAACUUACCAGAGGAAGAUGUGACGCCAGAAUCUACAAAAUGGGCUAACUUGCUCAGCUCUACACGUUUCACAGGAAACCCAGCCCUAGGGGAGAGCAUUGCCAAGUCCCUGAUAGAAAAAGAUCCCCUGAACUACAAGUAUUACCAUUUGCUGAUGAACGUUUACAGUGUUGCGGGCCGGUGGGAGGAUGUUGAUAGAGUGAGAGAGGUAGUGAAGGAGAAGAAAAUAGGACGAGUACCCGGGUGUGGCCUUGUAGACUUGAAAGAGAUAGUCCAUGGCCUGAGACUUGAGGUGGACAAGGUGAUUGCUGAGACUAGUGUAGACGAAAAUGUUACAGUCAUGUACUGACAUAAUAAGCUAAUCCCCAACUCCAAGCAUACACCGUUGCUCCUUUGCCAGAUCCAGGCUAUGAAGUCAUAAUUGGAGGUUGUUAGGAAUCCGCAUGAAUUGCUGUUUUUGCAGACAAGAGUAGAAUAGAAAACAAGAGAAAUAAUGGUCUCUUAAUUAUACUUGAUCCUGUUUUAUUUAUUUUUGUUCCUUUUUCGGGGUCAGAAUACCAGUUCUCAAAAGCUCUCUAUAACACCGAUCAUUGUAUGGGAGGACAUGUGAGGAGCAAAAAAGAGUGAUGUGGAUUUACAUGAGAAAAUUGAUUUUUUUUUCCAACUUUUGAAUCAGUGAAUGAAACUAUAUAUUUUGAUGGUAUAUAUUCCCUCUUGUUUUUUCUGAACAAAAAAUAAUAAUACCUCUUGUUUUUAACCUA